UGGUUGAAAAAUUUGACUACGUUUUUCCAGAAAACGGUCUUGUAGCGUACAAAGAUGGGAAGUUCUUGAGCAAGCAGAACAUUCAGGGUCACCUGGGUGAGGACAUACUUCAAGAUCUGAUCAACUACUGCCUGAGUUAUAUUGCAAAGAUUAAACUGCCUAAGAAAAGGGGCACUUUUAUUGAGUUCCGAAAUGGGAUGUUAAAUGUGUCUCCCAUUGGAAGAAGCUGCAGCCAGGAAGAAAGAAUUGAGUUCUAUGAACUUGAUAAAAAGGAACAUAUAAGAGAGAAAUUUGUAGCUGAUUUACGAAGAGAAUUUGCAGGAAAAGGCCUCACAUUUUCUAUAGGAGGCCAGAUAAGCUUCGACGUGUUCCCGGAUGGAUGGGAUAAGAGGUACUGCCUGGGAAUCAUUGCCAAUGAUGGAUAUAAGACUGUUUAUUUCUUUGGAGACAAGACUAUGCCAGGAGGGAAUGACUAUGAAAUUUUCACAGACUCCAGAACAGAAGGCCACAGCGUCACAUCCCCACAGGAUACAAGAAGAAUCUGUGAAGAGCUAUUUUUUAAAUAA